ACAAGGUCAGAGUCCUAAAUAUACAGGUAUACGCUCGCCAUGUUUGUCUAUACUGCUUACCUUAUAAGGCAAUACUGUUUUCUGCAUGUAUGUUGUAGAGCCGUUUUCCUGAUAACCCAAUCAUAGUGCUUUAUCAAAGGAAGCCGAUAUAUCAAUAAGUGGUCUUAAGCAAGUGAGCGAAUAGCUGCAAAGACUAUCCAAUUAGGAGAGGACUGUCACAAGCAAACAAGAUGUCAGAUGAACCUAAAUCUAUUGCAAAGCUCUCUGACUUGUUGGACCAAGUAAUAAGUCAAAUGGAUAGAGUAAAAUGUGAUCUAUCACAUUACGAGGGCGAGGAUUAUUUCGGGCAGGAAUUGUCAAGUCAUUCCAUUAAAAUGGAACUAGCGAAAUGUUCCUUGGAGACGCUUAUCUUACAAGCCAAAAAGUAUCAAAGACAACCCAUAGGAAGAACUGCUGCUGGAACAGUGAACAGUGAUAGCGGGAUUGGAUCAGAGGUUUUAGAAGGACGAAGAGACGCCAUGGUGUUCCGUGAUGAAGACAUGCCGGCACCAGUUCAUGCAGAAAGGAAUCGUCUUGGUGCUUCGAUCGGAAAUCUUCCGACUUUGUCAGAAAGCCAUUGUUCUGUAUGCCUUCAGCAGAUAAAAUCUCCAACGCAAGAAACAGAAGGACAACCGCGAACUCCAUCUGAACACGAUGAACAAUAA